AUGUCUUCGAUUCACUAUAAGUUUCGAGCGACCGUUGAGCUGAAAACGGUUCGCUUCGAUGGUUUACACAUUUUGUGCAGCGAGCUGAAACGGGAGAUCUACAACAACGAGAAUAUCCGAGUCGAAUCCUUCGAUUUGGUUUUAACAAAUGCGCAAACACGUCGCAGCUAUUUGAACGACGAGCCGGUGCCGAGAAAUGCGACGAUCAUCGUGCAAAGGAUACCGAAAGAAGGAGCCGAGAAAGCACCAAAAAUACCGAAGGGAAACGGUGGCCUGAUUCUCAAAAAUGGUCCGUCGACCUCGGGGGAUUUGAUGAUAAAUCCGGACGUGAUUGGGCAUUUGGAUCCGGCUGCCCUCGAGAAGAUGAGCGAAGAAGAAAGGCAAGCACACAUGAUGAGUGUAUCAACGUCAAAAUAUGAUCAAUCAAACUACGUGAAACGUGUCCGAAACACGAUCAUGUCCGGUCCACCACCUCCCACCUAUGUGUGCAAUCGAUGCAAUCAAACGGGUCAUUGGUAUCAGAAUUGCCCGAUGGCGAACACAAAGAAAGCGACCGGGAUGACGAUGGAUGAAUUGAUCGUGACGACAGCUGAUGAUCCGCACGCAUUGCUGCAUUCAUCCGGAAGAUACGUCGUCCCCAAAAUGCACCACUUGGCUCGACAAUUGAAGUCUCAAGGCGUCCAAGGCUCGGCCUCUCCCAGCGAUCGCUUGGUGCCUGUGCAAUUGACUUGUCCGAUAUGCAAAGAGCUCCUCAAAAAUGCGAUGAUUACUACGUGUUGCAGUGUGACGUUUUGUGAUGAAUGCAUAUCGAAUGAAUUGAUCGAAAGCGAGGAGAGACAAUGCCCGAAGUGUGGGAAAACUGGGCUCUCCCUUGACAGCAAUUUGAUCCCGAAUGGCGCGAUUCGAGACGCGAUCCGCGAAUGGAUUUCCUCGGCUUCAACCCAUCCCGACAGCGUCACCUCUUCGCCAAAUAUCGAGAAUGAAGCGCCAGUGGGUGUGCAACGCGUGAGGAUCGGGCUAGGACCAUCAGCGCCUUCUAUUCAACCGGCCAUCCGCGAUUUGAACACCCCAGCCACUUCUGCAAUGGUCGCACCGACAGCCGGGCCACAAACGAGUCUAGCUCAACCCAUCCAGCCGAUGCUCGUCAAUCAGAUCGGAUAUGCCCAAAUGCAACCUCCACUUGCACACCAAGCGACGAUCGUACCCCCUCAGCUUGCACCCCAACCGGCGACUUCUCAUCAGCCGUCCCUCUCAACGCCAGUCCCAAAUUCUCUUCUUCCACCCGGUGUCGACACAUCAGUUCGCCCGCCCUUCCCAACCCAAUUCUCACAGCCGCUUGCCCCACCAGGUGUCCCAGUGAGCAUGCCCGCGAUGAACGUCCCACCACCGACCGUCGUUUCAGCGUCUCUCCCCUCCGGGCUGAGCGCCGUUGAAUUGGUGCAAAGGACGGUGAUCGGAACUGCAAACAGCUAUGGAAUGAAUCUUCAAACAGCUGCUUUCUCUGUUCCUGGUGGGCCGGUGCCUGGUCAAAAUAACCUUGAUCAGUGGAAUCAAUUCUUGGCUCGGAAAGAUCAGGAAAGGAGAACGAGAGCGAGAGAGGGAGAAAGGAAACGAAGAAAGGAGAGGAGGAGAUCCAGCUCAUCGGAAAGCUCGCGUUCAUCUAUUGAGUCCUGGGAGGAUCGUCGCCGAUUCAAGCACGAUCCACCAAAAAGGCGUCGAGAUGAUGACUACCAUUCAAGGAGACGAUCUCCCUCACGGGAAAAAAGGACUCGAGUCACGGUCACGACGAACAAGAGAAUCGAUGAUCGCAGAGGGAAACGGCCCGACAAUCGAUCGGAUAGAGCUGAGAGGGAUCGUGAAAGGGAGAAGAAAGCAGUGAAAGAAGAGAAAUCGAGAAAAACGAGUUACAAAGAGGAAAGUGAUGAUGAAGCAGCUAUUGAUAAAGAAGUCGAAGAGGCACAACAGUUGCGCCAAGCUGAGGAAGAGGUGAAUGAGAUGAAAGAAGAUGAGGUGAAGAAAGAGGAAAGAAGUCGACAUGAGCUGGUACAGCCGAAAAUCGAGGACGAACAGAAAGAGAUGGCUUCGAAGAAAUGGAAACCAGUGGUCGAAGAAGCGAUUCAUCCUGAGGAGAUCAUCGAUGACAAUAUCACCGGAUUGGAAAUGAAUGAAGAGGAAAAGGAAAAAAUGGAGACAGCUGAAAGUGAGGAUGAGCAAAAGAAGAGGAAAUCGAAGAAGAAGAAACACAAAAAGGAGAAGAAACAUAGGAAAGAUCGCAAGCGUGAUCUCUCGUCUGAUGAUGAGUCGGAUGAAAAGAAAAAGCGCUCGAUGGCUAAGGAAAUCUCACAUCGGAAAUCGAGUGGAAAAGAGAAAGAGAGAUUCGAUUCGUCGCACAAAAAUUCCAUCAAGUCAAAUACUACCUCGAGACGGGAAAGAGAUCGAUCUGCGGAAAGACGACCGAAAGAUAAAGAUGAGAAAUCAAAAAGGGAAAUAAAGGAAAACAAUCGAAAUUCGGAUGAUCGAGGAUUGAAGAGGGAAAAGGAAAAAGAAAAAGAAAAGGAAAAGGAAAAAGAAAAGGAGAAGGAAAGGGAGAAGGAGAAGGAAAAGGAAAAGGAGAAGGAUAAGGAGAAGGAGAAGGGAAAGGAGAAGGAGAAGGAAAAGGAAAAGGAAGAAAAGACGAAAGAAAAGACGAAUCAGGAGAAGAAAAUCGAGAAAACGAGUGAGAAACGGGAUGCGAAAGGAUCGAGAAAAGUGAUGAACGAGAUGGACUUGAUUGCUCAGAAAUUACAACGGGAUUUGUUCCGGAAAUCGCGUGAAGGUGCUUACAAAACUGACAAGAGCAAAGACGAAGCAGGACCAAACGAUGCGGAAAAUUCUCGAAAAGAGAAAACGGGGAAAAUAAAACUGCCAAGUGAAGAGCCGAAGAAGGUGGUUUCGACAAAAAGUGGAUCGGAUCGGAUGUCGAAAGAUUCGGAAGAAGAGAUUUUCGACCACUCUCAAUCGGGAAAAUCCGCCGGAAUGCGUAUCCAAAUCACCUGGGAUCUGGAUAAAAAGAAAUGUAAA